CCCCCCUCCCCCGCCACAACAACACACACCGCUCACUGUAAUGGAAGUUGUGUUUGAAGGACAUACACUUGCCGAGAUGCAGGGAAGCUGCUCGAUAAAACGAUGAUGGGGAACUCGUAACCAGCAUAUUGUAGUAUUAUCCUUUUAACGAAGGGGCUAUUGUACGUUACGACACCAAUCUUAGCCCUGCUAGCUAACAGUCGUCAAACUGGAGCGUGCUGAAGACAGUAAGGACAGUUCGUCCCCGAUACACUGAUUGUGGGGGUCUGCAAAGGACAGGAAAAAUGAAGUUCGCUCAGUUUUUACUGAAAAAUGGCGCUGGUAUACCGAAACAAGUGGAGAGGUUUGCUAAGUUCUCCCCUUCUCCCUUAUCUAUGAAGCAAUUCAUUGACUUUGGCUCUGCCAAUGCAUGUGAGAAGACCUCUUUUGUGUUCCUGCGGCAAGAGCUUCCUGUCAGACUGGCCAACAUCAUGAAGGAAAUUGAUUUCCUCCCUGACAAGCUCCUUAGCACUCCUUCCCUGAAGCUCCUCAUCAGCUGGUAUUCACAGAGUUUGCUGGAGAUUGUAGACUUUUUAGAAAAGGAUCCCGAUGAUAAGGAUGUCCUGACAAAUUUCACACAGACUCUGGUAAACGUCCGUAAUCGACACAACAACGUGGUGCCCACCAUGGCUCAGGGUGUGGUGGAGUUCAAGGAGGCCUUUGGCGUGGACCCCGUCACCAACCAGAACGUCCAGUACUUCCUGGAUCGCUUCUACAUGAGCCGCAUUUCCACACGCAUGCUCAUGAACCAGCACACAUUAAUCUUUCAAGGCAGUGUGAACCCAGCCCAUCCCAAACAUAUAGGCAGCAUUGACCCCAGCUGUGAUGUUGUGGAGGUAGUAAAAGAUGCCUAUGAUACUUCAAAGAUGCUGUGUGAGCAGUACUACCUGACCUCUCCUGAUAUGGAGAUCACAGAAGUCAAUUCCAAAAGCCCCGGCCAGCCCCUCCACAUUGUCUAUGUGCCAUCCCAUCUCUACCAUAUGCUGUUUGAGCUUUUCAAGAACGCCAUGAGAGCUACAGUGGAGACCCAUGAGAUGGCCCCAACGUUACCCCCGAUCAAAGUGCGAGUGUCACUGGGAACUGAGGAUCUCACUAUCAAGAUGUCUGACAGAGGAGGAGGAGUCCCUCUCAGGAAGAUCGAGCGCCUGUUCAGCUACAUGUACUCCACAGCUCCAAGUCCAGUCCACAUAGACAACUCUCGCAACGCACCACUGGCUGGUUUUGGCUAUGGCCUGCCCAUCUCCCGUCUGUAUGCCAAGUACUUCCAGGGAGACCUGCAGCUCUACUCUAUGGAGGGCUACGGCACCUCAGCUGUCAUAUACUUGAAGGCCUUGUCCUCAGAGUCAGUGGAGAGACUUCCUGUUUUCAACAAGUCAGCCUUACGGCAUUACCAGUCGAGCAUAGAGGCUGACGACUGGUGCAUGCCCAGCAAGGAUCCAAAGAAACUGGGCAAUUCCAAGAGGACUCUGUAAUGGUGGACUGAGGGAGGAAGCGGAGGACACUCUAGAAUAGUGCCAAUAGAAGAAUAAAAAAAAUAAAAUUAAAAAAAAAGGGUCCAUGUUGGAAGAAAUGGAUAAACUUGUACUGUAAGUGGGAGAAGGAACCAAAUGCUUUCAGCAUGCUGCUGGACCUGUACGUGGAAUGUGGAUUCCCUUCUCACAACUCUUAGAUGGAGGAAAAAUGCUCAUUGUUGGUGUCAAUAACCAGAUACAAGCACCAAAAUAACUGAGCUGAACUAUUACUACCAGCUGCCAGGCAAAUAAACAAAUUCAUUUCAUUAUACUUUACGGUGAUUGCAGGCUGCUAAUGGCAAUGGAACAAGUCAAGUAUUAAUGCCCUUUUACCUCACUCAUUACAUUCAUAAUAACAUGGUUACACCUGUUUUGGUUAUUUCGGUUUUUUUUAAUUAAAAAUAUAUCAUUUCACAAUCUACCAAGGCUAACAAGGCUAGCAAAUGGUAAUUGGUUAUUUCAUUUGCUUGGUAAAGUUGUGAUUUUGCAUGAGGUUCAGUGUGUAUCAUUGCCUUGGAAAAACCCAGCCAAAGCCAGCUGCAGUGGGAUGACUUUUAAGUUAAACAGAUUGGGAACAUGUUUAACAACUCUAGCAUAAACACAAAGUGAGCAAAGUCUGUUCCCCCACUUUUGUUCACGUAAGCAUUUCAAUCCUUUGCAACUUGCAGCAUUUCUUUUCACACACACACACACACACACACACAAAAACAACUUCUGCAUUUUGUUGCAGUUCAGUUCUCAGACAACUACAGCAUUUUAGAUGCACUAUAAGAGGAAUUUACACUGCAUGGUUCGUGUAAAAUAGCAUCCAUGUAAAAUCAGUUGUUCCAUUUUUAGUCUUUCAGCUUCUUCAAUAAGAGAUGUGAACAUGCUUGAUGGAGUUCCGUAGAGCAAAAUGAGAAAGUGCCUUUCUGGAGAGGUGGAAUUUUUAAAACAGUAUUGCAAAAUAUUUGAAGUUAUUAUGUAUGGUUAAACUGUGAUUAAUUGUAUUUUAACUGUAAAACUACCAAUAAUUUCUCUCUGUUGAAACUAGUAAUAAGUUAAUUGCAGUAAGUAACUAAAAUACACACUUUUUCCAAGAAAGUUUUCAGUGUUUUCAAAGAGUAACUGUCUAGAACUGCACACAGUCCUUUGGUAAUGUCACCCUACGUGUUUUGUAAUGAUGCAUGUGUGUAUAUUUAAGUGACUGACUUUAGAGGGUGCGAAGGACUGUGUAAAAUGUUAAAUGUUGCACUGCAGAAAACUGUACUUGUGAUAAGUGAUAACUUGCUUUCUGUGAUAAGUGUAGCAGAUCCAGACAGUAACAUCACAGGCAGAUGCUCAGACAAAGCUAUAUUGAAGCUGUAUAGAUAUAAUGGGCAUAGUAUGGCAUUAUCUGUAUCUAACAAUUUCACAUAUUCCAUGCCCCCAUUGUACCAACCUUUGCCCAUUUUGUAGCAUUUAGAAUUGUCUUGAGAUCUUGUUGAUUAAAAUAUGAACUCAC